UCGCGCUUGCGUAUUACGACUCCUGCGCCCCGCGGCCCGGAUCGGGAAGUGUCAAGGAGGAGCCAGCUUCCCCUGCCUUCGUCGCCGCUGCCGCCGCUGCCGCCGCUGCCGAACCCGGACCCCUCAUCCCGGCGGGGCCUAGUCGCCAUGACGAACGUGUAUUCCUUGGAUGGGAUUCUGGUAUUUGGUUUGCUCUUUGUUUGCACCUGUGCCUACUUCAAGAAAGUACCUCGUCUCAAAACCUGGCUGCUAUCAGAAAAGAAGGGAGUUUGGGGUGUGUUUUACAAAGCUGCUGUGAUUGGAACCAGACUGCAUGCUGCUGUUGCAAUCGCCUGCAUUGUAAUGGCCUUUUACAUCCUGUUUAUAAAAUGAAUUCCGAAGUAUACAGCUCAUCAGCUGCCAACCAAGGGACAAGGGUGAAGAACGUGUCGGAGGCCUGGACCCAGUGUAGGAGGGUUGAGCUAAAAUCAUCAAUGUCCCCAAGAUGACACCAUAGCAUCUUCCCCUGCUAUAUGUGGGGAAAACUCCUCAUGGUCACAAACAUUAUUUUUGCUUCAGGGGACUACAGAAAGCCAACUUCCUUUGAUCUGUGUGUAAAUCGGCCCUCAGCAGCAGGCAUAUAUGUCCGAUAAAUUACACCCCUUGGUGAUGAUUAUAUACCUCCUGCCUAAAAACCUGCCACUUGGGCUGUGUUGUAGCUCAGUGAUAGAGCAUUUGCUUAGCAUUCUCAAGGGUUCAAUCCCCAGCACUGAAAGAAAGAAAAAACAAAACAACCCUCUACAACCUGUCAACUAUUUGGUUCUUUAAUCCCUCAGAAUUUUUUCAAACUGAUGCUCAUUACGAAAGGAUAUAGGCUGUAUUUAGACUUGGAGAGACAAUUUUCAAGAUUUUUUUUUUUUUUUCAUUGGCUGAUUUGGAUCUGGCAAAUUUGGUAGGGAGGAAGGGGCUGGGUGGGAAAUAGGAGUUAUAAAAAGCCAAGAAAUUAUUUGGCUUUUGCAAUGUGUCCUUUAUAUAGCCAUCUGGCAGUGAAAGAGCAUGGUUCUCAUUGCAAAAAGAACAGCUGAAGCAGCUCAGCAUGUGCUGGACCUUGAGAGUUUUGCCAAGAGGCUCCAAGCUUAUGUGAAGUCCAGGAAUUGUCUAUGAUGAGAUGAGAAGCAGUGAGUGAGACAAGGAAACAUUUUCUGUUCACCAGUGUCCCCAGAGACUUCACUCAAUCAAAUGGCAUAUAGAAAAUGAAUCAACUUGCUAUUUUCUAAAGCUUUUUUAUGUUUUCUAAAUGACUUAGUGCUAAAUACUGUUACUCAGUUUUAAAUACCAACAGUAGGGGGAAAAGAAACUAUUAAGGAAAUAAUUGAUUAAUAUAUUUGAAGUUAUGGUAGAAGAAAUAAAUUAGUAUAUCAAUUCAUAUACUAGUAAGUCCAUCUAGUAUAGGAAUUUAUUGUGGUGAAAGUUGGUAUGUAUGGAAACUUUGUCAUGUUAGAAAAGUUGAAAACAUACUUUAAGUCUGGGUUGUGCCAGUUUCUAGGUGAUACUUAUUUCUCUUAGCCAACUCAGUUUCCUUCAUAUUGCAGUAGUUCAUUGUCUUUGAAAAUUCUCUUUACUGUAAGAAAAUGAGACAUGCAAAUGGGAGGAGUUACUGAUUCUCAUUUUCAUGUUUGGAGAGUGAAUAGAUCCAUUAAUAAAGUGAGGGUGUUACUAAGUAAAGGAAAAUGGAGCUUUGCAAAUGAGUGCUAAAGGCUUUUCCAUGGAGUGUGAGAAGUCCUGAGCAGAUCAUUUUAGGUGACUCAACAUUUGAAGGGAAGACUUCUCCAUCCCUCCUCCUCAAAGAAUCAGCUAUUUGAUUUGUGAAGCCUGCAACUUCUUUUAAAAGAGAGGUCUAAACUUAAAUUGUAGUAAGCAAGCAUAGUUGAAGUGUCUUUUGCAGUAAAACUUGAUUGGCCAGGUUCACUGUGGUUGACUUCUGUGUAAGGAUAUAUUAUCUUUUGUCUGCAUACUCUGAAAGAACAAAGCUGCUAGGAAGUUUAGGUUCUGAAGUACGCAAUUGAGUGCUUAGGUUUGUAGACAUAUAGAAAGUCAUCAAGUAAACACUACAUGUCUAAUCUCCGUUGAGGUGGUUCUGCUUCAGGAAUUAGUUCACAGGGUAAUAAAUUUCAGUGAUUUCUCUGUUUGCCAUGGUCAUUUCUGAAGAUCUUUUGCAGGAGAGAAAGGAAGUCUAGUGAGACAGAAAAGAAGAGGUACAUCUUAUGGAUGUGAGUUUGGGACCUGUUGGCUGAUUGCAAUGCCACCCCGGAAACAGGUUCAGCAUGUUUUGCACUUACUUUCUAGCUUUAACAAUUUGUUUUCAAAUAGGGCUAAUGUCUCCAAGUUUGGUUUUAGAGCUGCUUAGUAUUUUAAACAAUUUCAUACUGCAGCUUUCUGUGUGGGUCUUCUUGGCCUAAACUCUUGAGUUGUUAUAUUUUGAGAUGCUUUCCUAUCAGAGUGUACCAAAAAGUACAUAUGAUGAAGAUAAUUUACAGGAAGAAGCAAAUACACAGCCUAUUUCAUUUCUUGACUUUAUGAAAGCAGGUCAAUAGAAGCCUGUUUCAUUUAGUACUUUGGUUGAUAUGUCUCAUGCUUUUGGCUAAAAAUGAUAAUUUGUUCCCCUGGGGGAAGGCUUUUGGGUGGAGGUCUGAGGACAGAAAUAUUGCCUCAGAUUCAAACUGGCAUCACCACGAACUCUGUGCACCAGGGUGAAAUGAAGUCAGCUCCUUUUUAUAGUUGAAAUACAGUUUUUUAUUCACCAUUGUCUGCAAAAAUCCUUGAAAAUAAAUUUUUUUUCCCUACA